AUGUGCAGCUGCGAAGACCGAGGCGUGAAAUGUGUUGCCCAAGUCUACACUUCUCGGCCGGUCCACGAGCAGAGAUUACCGUCGCGUCAUCGAAUUGCUCUCCUAGAGGUCGAGGUCGCCAGUCUGCGCAAGACAGUUCGUGAAAUUCAGUCGAAGCUUGGGUACCAAAUAACAGACGUCGCAAGACCAGCUUCUGUUCAGGCUACCAGCAGUCAAGGGGACGAUGACUCGGACAAUGAAUCCAACGUUUCAGAUGUCCUUGCGACUGAGCAACCAACACACCUCCGUUCGCUUUUCCAGAAUGAUUGGUUGAGUGGGGAUUUCGGCCAACUAGACCAGCAACUACAGGACCGCAAAGCUAAGGCAUCCACCCACCUUCUGGAUCUGGCUCGGCAGACACUACAGCAGCUAAUUCCUCAAAGAGAGGACGCCCGGGAUAUGGCCAAGACAGCGUCCAAAUGGAUUGAUCUCGUUCAUGCCCUGCUUCCACAACCAUUUGCGGUGAAAUCUCACACCGAACUGCUGGACAGCUAUGAGAGCAUGUGCGCGCCAGAUGCUGAUGCCAUAUCCUUGGCAUCAUGGCUUCUUGACCUUGCUGUCACGGGGCUGCAAGAACCACAAGAUCACGGCAGCCCAGAAACGUCGCUCAAAAGAUUUCGCAGAAUCCACGACUUUGCUCGGGCAGUAUCUGACGCGGUAGAGAGCAAGUUAAUAUCGCACGACCGACUGAUGGGAACAAUUGAGGGAUUGGGGAUGGCGAUGCACCCGUCCUUGCCAACGUAUGCUGACAAGAACUACCAGUUUUUGAGGCUCCAAAUAAGCCAAGGGAAUUUCCAGAAAGCAUGGAUCCGCAUGCGACACUUUGUGGCCAUGGCUGAGCUUCUCGGACUGCCGAAAGCGUCUCAAAGCCUCCCGCCCGGCAAUGGUACACCAGACCAAUCACUGCUCCCGAGGAUUCAGCUUUGGGAGUUCAUGUGCUCAGCGGAGAGACUGCUCUGCAUGAUAGUCAACCGCCCCCCUGCCACACGGCGCUCAGAUUACACUAAUUUGAAGCCUAUAAUAAUCAACGGCACCGUUCAGGUCCCCAUUUAUCUGAACAAGUUAACGGAUAUAACAGCCAAGUUUUCUACCCUGGACGAUCUCGGUGCCAACCAUGCAUCUGGUGCACAGGCAUAUGCGUACGCACUGGAGCUCGACCGAGAGCUUCGAGUUCUUGCUGCUCAGACUCCGAAGUCCUGGUGGGACCAGGAUUUUGUGCAUUUCAAACCUGAGAGUCUCUGCCAACUAUUACAUUAUUACUUUUUGAUGAGGGUGCAUUUGCCUUUUACCAUGCGCCAGGACCCGGCGGAGGGAAACAUGUACAGUCGUUUGACAUGCAUGGAAGCCUGCGAAGCGGUCGCGCAACGCUAUCAAGCUCUGCGUCGUAUGCUGCCCUCUGGUAUUUUUCUGUCUCCGAUCUUGGAUCUACAAGCAUUCACCGCAACCACGGUUCUCCUCCUCACAUCCCACACGGGCCCCUCCAGCAACCAUCUCGACCUGGAAGUGAACAAGGCGAGAAUACAGGGCAUUGCCGCGCAAGUGCUCAAGGUUAUGGACGAGAAAUCUCGUGACACGACCAAUGCCAGCUUUGCACGGCUCGGCGCAAUGACGAUUCGUUCUCUCAAUGCUUUGCUUCAGCAAAAUAGCGACGCGGUCAACUCUCGUCAAUUGAACCUGAAGGUCCCAUUACUCGGGAACGUGACUGUACGCCGCAACAUUGACCCUUCGCAGGCGCCGAGCACCGACCAGCAGCCUUUUCAGGUCCAGCCAGAUACCGGCUUGUGGAGAUCCCAGCAACACAUCCUCACGCAACCUGGAACCAUGCCCACGAAUAAUGGCGGUCAGUUCACUUUGGCGCAGACCUCGGCGGAGUGGGAGUUGAAUCCUCUGUCGUGGUCUUUUGAUACCCAUGACAAUUUCUUCCAGGACGCCUUCAUGGCGGACUCAUUUGAGCCGAUGGGGAUGUGGCAGACAGACUACGAUGGCUUGCAGUAG